AUGUUGGAAAAGAUGUCCCGCCGGCAGCGGUCGCUGCUAUCGCUGGCCUUGACGUCGCUGGCCCUCAGCUUGUCGGUGUCGGCCUUCUGCACGUCCUACUGGUGCGAGGGGACCCACAAGGUUGUCAAGCCGCUCUGCCUCUCGCCCGUCAAGAUGAAGAACUGCGGCCAGAAUAACAGUCAGCCUUACACCACAGAGGCGCCGACGCCGGACCCGCGAAACCCGCCGUCCAACGUGACGCUGACGCCGCUCCAGAAGGAGCAGCUGGCUAUCUUGAGGAGGAAACAGCUGGCCAAUGCCGUUCACUACAUCUGGGAGACCGGCGAGGACAAGUACAUGCUGCGCUACUUCCACACGGGAUUCUGGCUCUCCUGCGAGAAACACAACGAAGGUGAGGACCAGGAAGAAAAAUGUCGCAGCUUCAUCGAGCUGACUCCAGGAGAGACUCAAGGAGUCUUGUGGCUGUCGGUCAUCAGCGAGUUCAUGUACAUCGGGUUACUGGCCAUGGGAUUCCUGCUUAUGUGGGUGGAGGCCAUCUGCUUGUGCGCCAAGAGGGAGAUGAACGCUCUGAAGAUUAACGCCUUCGCCGCUAUGUGCACCGUCCUGUCGGGUCUGAUGGGGAUGGUGGCGCACAUGAUGUACACCACCGUCUUCCAGAUGACCGUCAGCAUCGGGCCCAAAGACUGGAGACCGCAAACGUGGGACUACGGAUGGUCUUUUGCCCUGGCGUGGCUGUCGUUCAGCUGUUGCAUGGCGGCGGCUGUGGCCACCCUCAACUCCUACACCAAGACCAUCAUCGAGAUGAAGCACCGCGCCCGGGUACGCUUGGAGGAAGCCCGGGCUGCCGCCCGCGCCCCCUCUUACGAGGAGGUGCUCCGCGCCGGGGGCGGCGUCUACUCCGUCGGCCGGCUCAUCCAGCUGGGCCAGCAGGGGGCGCUGGCGGACCCGCUUUGGCCGCGGGGCGUGGGCCCCGCCGUGGGACCCUUGGCCUGCGGCGCCGGCGGGGCGCUACUGGGCAUCGGGGUGUCGGGGAUGGGCGCCGCCGCGUCGCGCCCUUCCGACCCCAGGGUCCUGGUGCUGGAGGGCUGCGGCGUGGACGGCUGCGAGGACUGCGAAAGGGAACUGGACCAGAUGGACUACCCUCACCCGGACGGGGACGGAUCGCUCUGCUAG